UACAUGCAGCAUUGUGAGAAUUACAUUGUUGCACAUUAUCCAAGGGCUUAGAGACGAUAAAAUAACGGACAGCAGGAUAAAGUCCUAGUGCACAUCUGCAUCAGAAUACUACGUGAACGCUGGAAACGACCACCGGCGGAGAAUUGAUGUGAAUAAUCAUAUGGAAGCUGAAUGCUGUUCAUUUAGUGCAACAUCUACUACAGUCUGCAGAAAUUUACAUUCCAGAGAGGAGGUGAAGUGGGUGUCUUUACAUCCAAAAACUGCUCCAGCUUUAAGAAUACACCAUGAUGAAGGGUUAUGCACCCUAAGAGGCAUUGCAAGCCAGCUGUGAGGUUCCGUUGCCAAGGCAACUCAGACACCCACUCUACAGUGUUCGGCUCACCCUUGCUGAGCAGGCACAUUGGUCAAGACCCACUAAAAGCGACUGAACAACAAAAGAGAAAGAGAAAGCUAAGACGGUGCUAUAUAAGUGCAUCACACUUAUAUGCUGGUCCUGAGGUAUCAACCACGCUCUCCUAACAUUUUUACUUUACAAAGUUUGGAAGGUCGUCCUGAAUCAAGAAGAGCAGCUGUAGACACCAGCAUCUGGAUUUCACUACCAUCCUAAUGCACAGAACCCUCUCAGACUGACAGGUUUUCACUGGCAGCAAACUGGCAGAGAGAAAGAGAGCUCACACAGGUGGGCCAGCAGCAGCAUCCCAGAGAUUAUAGAUUUGGAGAUUACAGGACAACAGCAGGUCAGGGCACACUGCCUUGUUGAAAUCCGAGUUCUCCACCUCACCAAUUCCGUUAAGAGCUGUCAUUGUGAAAUUGGCAAGCGAGCCCUGCGAUGCAACACAUUCACACACACACUCGGCUGAUCGUGUACUCCACUAGCUCCUAGACAGAUGCAGUGUUAGAAAAAAAUCAGAUGCUGUUUUUGUUUGCCUUUUUCUUUAAUCCAGCUCCUUGCCGCUCAAAUCCCUUUUUGUGCUUGAGCCGUUAGAUUCUUACAAUCAUCUUAGUUGCUGUCUUUUCUUCUUAUUUUUAUUAUCCGCUGACCUGGAGAGAGUCAAAGUACUCAAAUUAUCAAACCAUGAUGGCAGAAUAUCCUAAAGUGUUUAUCUAGACUGGAAUGUUCGAACCACACAGUUAGGAAGGGAACCAGAGGUUCCUCAUAUUUGAAUCUUCAAGCUGCUUUCAUUGAAGACACUGUAAAGACCAAGGGACAAGCGCAGUGGCAUGUGUCUGCACUUAAAGUAACUCACAGAAUACGCAAAACUACUGCCGAAUGAAUGAGUUGGAAAGAGUUUGAAGAGUGUUGCAGAAUGUAAAGCUAUUCAAGAUGUCUGCAAAAGAGCUUCAUUACAAGACUGUGAGAAAACUCCACCCUUUUCCACCUCUGGCUGCGAAGUACGACAAGGUGGCUCGCUAGACGGAGCGUACAGCCGCGGACAAACCAGAUUACCGUGACAAACUUGGACUCAUAGAGGACUGUAAUGGAACAGACACGAAUGACAGCCUAGUUUGUCUGGCACUGAGAUGUUAAAACCACAGAGGGGGCUAUUCCUCCAACUGUCACUGCAGGGAGAAUAGAGCCGAUCACACACACGCCUACAAGCAGACUGAUUUUUAGAGGCGAAAGACUGGUGUGUGUUUGAACCGUGGCAGUACAGACAGUUCAAAAGCGUGAAAGAGAGAGCUGGAGGAGAUCCCAUAGUGUAGGGGGAAGAGAGCGGAAAUAAAGAGCAGUAAAAGGCUCCACGGCAGCGGUGACACACUGAAAGAGAAGACUGACAGACUGGAGAUCAGCAGUGGCAGUUCACAGGCGCACAGUUUUGUGAGAUUCACACACCUUUGGGUUUAAAGCAGGUGCCGCUCAGUACGCCGAGUAGUACUGAGUCCAGGUUGGGCACGGUGGCAGGGGCCGGUUCAUGGCAGUGGGGCGGGCGCAUGCCGUCCGUGCCUCUGCAGCGAGAGGGACGCUUCGGCUUGGGAUGGGGUUGGGGUUGGGCCGCAUGGGCGCGGGCUCAGAGGUCAGGUGAGCUGAGACCCUGGGUGCCCACCGGAGUCGGACCUGUGGCGGCAGGAGAACGUGGGGGCAUGAGAUGCUCCCUUCGCUUCUGCGUGGUCUUGGGAUCCCUGGCCCUCCUGUUCCUCACCUCACUCUUCUUCUCGUUCUCGCUGAGAGGAGGAGCUGGCUUGCCUUACUUGGAACCCCCGGGAUGGGAAGAGUCACGCAGGGUUAAGCUAGUGCCCAGCUACGCCGGUUCCCACCGGGUCGUCCCGGCCGAGAGCUCUCAGCAGAAGACAUGUGCCUGCUCUCGGUGUGUGGGCGACCCAGGCGUUUCCGACUGGUUCGACGAGAACUAUGACCCGGACAUCUCGCCUGUGUGGAUUCGGGACAACAUCCAGCUGCCUUCAGACGUGUACUACUGGUGGGUGAUGUUGCAGCCUCAAUUCAAACCCCACAACAUCCAGCAAGUUCUACAGAGGCUGUUCCAGGUCAUUCCAGGCCGUUCCCCGUACGGUUCGUGGGACCCUGCCCGCUGUCUGCGCUGUGCCGUGGUGGGGAAUUCGGGCAACCUCCGCGGGGCAGGUUACGGUCCAGUGAUCGAUGGCCACGACUACAUCAUGAGGAUGAACCUGGCUCCCACCGUAGGGUACGAAGAGGAUGCCGGCAGCCGAACCACACACCACUUCAUGUACCCAGAGAGUGCCAAAAACCUGGCGGCCAACGUUAGCUUUGUGCUGGUGCCCUUCAAGACUCUCGACCUGUUGUGGAUCACCAGUGCCCUCUCCACUGGCCAGAUCCGCUUCACUUACGCUCCAGUGAAGCAGUUUCUGCGUGUGGAUAAAGACAAGGUUCAGAUCUUCAACCCAGCUUUCUUCAAAUACAUCCAUGACCGCUGGACACGUCAUCAUGGCCGCUAUCCCUCCACUGGCAUGCUUGUGCUGUUCUUUGCUCUACACGUAUGUGAUGAGGUGAAUGUAUUUGGUUUUGGGGCGGACAGCAGGGGAAACUGGCACCACUAUUGGGAGCAGAACCGCUAUUCUGGAGAGUUUCGUAAAACAGGUGUCCAUGAUGCAGACUAUGAGGCCCAGAUCAUUGACAAGCUAGCCAAAGCUGGCAAGAUCUCCGUCUUUCCUGGAAAGUGAAUCUGGGCACCAGGUGCAAAGAAAUGGACCAACUGAUGGACUACCAUAAACAAAACCACCCAUUAUCCACUUGACACACUUAGUGUGCCUGUUAAACGUGAUCGAGAAGUAAUUUUUCAUGAUCUUAUUACCAUUCUGUGCUGUCCCGAGUGGACAGGAUUCUGGGCAGCAUCCCUCAUGAUGUGGUGGUUUUAAGAGGAGACGCUAGUACUAAAUGUACUAAUGUGCUUUUCCUUGCAAGCCUACCUCAACUAGGACAAGGAACAUGACUUGGCAAGGAACACUAAUAUCUCACCACUAAACAGCAUGUUAGGUAUAUGUGCUGGGAAUGGAUGUGGCUUAUAUUUAUGACUUUUGUUGAAUAGUGAUGAUACGGGAACUCUUAUCUCAUGGCGAGGCCAAGUAGAUGAGUGAGACCAACAAUCACCAUAGUGUAUCAUAGUACUCUAGUAGUUCUCUGUUGAUUCAUUAAAGAGAUAGUUGACCUUAAAAAUAAAAUUGUCAUCAUUUACUCAGCCUCAUGUCAUUCCAAACCUGUGUGAUUUACUGUCUUCUGCAAAACACUAAAGAUAUUUUGAAAAAUGUUUGAACUGUUUGUGUCAAUGAGGUCGAUGGGGUCCAAAGUAGUUUUUGCAACAUUAUCUUGACAGAAUAAGAAGUCAUACAGGUUUGGAAUGAAAUGAAGUCGAGUAAAUGACAAAAUUUUUGGGUGAACUUUCUCUUUAACUAAAAGCUUGGAUAGUGGCAGGUCGUUUCACUAGCGUUAUAGCACUGCAGUUAGACUCCUCACGUCACCAGGCGCAUGUGGUUGAGUGGACUUCCAAGUUCGUGCUGUUAAACUGAGCUAUAUUUUGUCUUAUGAGAUAUUUUCUGUUUCGUUGUUCGUGUUUGAAAUGAUCAUGCUAACAGUUUGUGAUCACUGUGUGCGCACAGCAGUCUGAACAACCUUUGGUUCGUUCCUUUUUGCUAAUUAGGUUUGAGUACUGAACGUUCCUCUAGUCUGAGAAGGAUGGACUGAUACUCGACACCAGGAGCUAAAACUACUGUCACAGUCUAAUAUGAAGACAUAUGAGCAAUAUAUUAAGUAUAUGUGGAGUAUGUUUAGAAACCAAGGUGUGGUGAUUGUUCUAGAGAUGCACUGUGAACAGUGGUAAAGCUUGAUCUUCAGCACACUACUAAAUUUAACGUAAUAGUGUUAUAUAAUGGAAAACGACAGAAAAAAGUAUUCGAUUGUGAGAAACCGAAUAUGAGCUUUCAUUUAUGAAGCCUGAUGUAUUGCGAUACAAUUUAUGACUAGCUGACAGACAGAUCUUGAAAUUCUGGGGGAAUUCAUUGAUAAGCGUUUUCUUGAAGUCAUGUAGACACUCCUUUGCUGCUGUUCAGUCAUUUACCAUCAACAAUAGGUGAUUUUUUAAAUAUUUAUUGUAAAAUUUGUAUAGAUUUCCUUGUAUAAUUUAUUACAUUAUAAAUGUUUUAGAUCUUACAAGGGAAAAGCAGAAAGAUCCGCUUGAACGACAAGUGCUUUCUACGGAGCCCCUAAAGUGAUGGGGAAAGUAUACGAGAUGGGAGUAAAAUUCAAUUUCAAUGCUUUUGUGUUCUUUUGUAAAUUUUUGCAUUCCCCCAAGAAACAUUGUGCUAGCUGGCAAAUUGUUUCCUUGAGAAACUUUGUGGUAGCUUUCAAAAUAUUUGCGUUAACAGCGUUAACUUGCAAAAUGUUUUUUACCCAGAGAAACGUUGCGUUACUUAGCAAAAUAUUUGCAUGCCCCUAAGAAACUUUUGCGUUAGCUUGCAAAAUUUCUGAGUUGUUUGUGUGUGAACUCUCUAAGAAGAACUAAAAGGUUUUGCAAGCUAAAUUUUUUUUAAAUUUUAUUAUUUUAUCAAUUAGAUUUUCGUGCUUUUAUUUUGUCUUGUAAAUGUUGUUUUCUACGAUAGGUUGCAAAUUGUUUGCCUUCCCCCAAGAAACUUUGUUAGCUUGCAAAACUUUUGAGUCGUUUGUGUGUGAACUCAAAGUCCCUGCUGAAAAAAACAAUAGAACCCUGCCCAAAACACAAUAGAAAAUGUAAUGGUUUUAAUGGUUAUAAUGGGAAUUGUAUUGGUUUUAAUGGAAUCUAUAAUGGUGUCUACUGGUAUGUGAUGGAUUCUAUUGGUGGGAUGUUAAAUCCUAUUGGAAAAAUGCCCAAAACACACUACAAAAAGGAAUUUUGUAAUGGUUUUACUGGAAAAAGCUAAUGGUUUAUAAUGGUAUUUUAAUGGAAACCACUGGAAUUUUUGUGGUGUUUUCUAUUGGGCUUCUAUUCUUUUUUUUAGCAGGGGUUUUUCUGGAAAAUGUGCAAGUUUUGCGAAAUGCAAAGUUUUGUCUUUUGUAAGCGAAUGCAAAGUUUCUCUGGGAACAGAAAUGGUAUUUCAGUUCUCUUGCGUUCUCUCAUAAAACGUUUGUGUUCCCCCGAGAAACUUGCGUUCAAACAAAAGAACUGUGACCCGAAAGCACUGAAAUAUAUUUUUCUUCCAAUCUCAUAUUUUUUCCAUCACUACGUCCGUAGCUUUCUGCAUCGGCUGAGUUUCAGGUGCAGUAGUUCUUUUUCAAAAUGUAGACAUAUCAGCUAUUUCAGUGUGUAAACGCACACACGUUACAUGCUUGCGUGCCUUGUCCUCGCUUCUGGACAUGUCCUCUCUCCAGAGCACAGCUAACCUCAUUAUAAGACGCAUAAACACGUGCUAUUGUUCCUUUAGUCUUCUUACAGAGCAUUUAUUGACACACAUUCGCGCUCACACAAAUCUGGGCUCUAAAAUAGGGCACGGAUCGUCUACCCACCAGCUGUCCUCCACCCACACAUGAUUCACGGCUUCUCCUGUGCUCCACCACCUCAUAUCCUCUUGUCUGUUCUACUUUGAGCUAAGCUGAGCGCCGUGCCUUCGGGAUCAGGGUGGGAAAAGCUCUCACCUGAAAACCUUCUCCCCUCCUGAUUUUAAGAGCUACCUACCUGCAUUCACUGUCACUUCUGAAAAGUCUCCUGAACCCUUAGAAAAUCCAGACCUGUGGCACACGAGUGCUUUUAUACAUUGUCAAUAAAGCGCAAAUGUCUUUUGACGGUCAUAUACCGAGCGAAUAUUAAAUGCACAGUGCUGCAGUGGCUUUAUUAUAUUUAAGCCUAUUCUGAGGGAUUAUUAUUGGGCGUUUCACAGUGAAAUUCUAAUAUCACGGAUACAUAGGAUGGCUGCCCUCUCAUUGGUAGAAUAUUGAGAUGCGCAGUUGGUCACCAAAGAGUUUUAUUCCAUUACUAAUCCUCUUGUUUUUGUUGUUCGAUGUUUAUGUAUUGUUCAGAAAAUAUGGAUUAAGGAAAAUAAGUUGGCUCGUGAUGUUCUUGUAUUACUCUUAACAGUAUUCAUUAAUCCUAUAAGGUACUAGUUGGCGAGAAGAAUUGUUUCUCUUCUUGUUUUUGUGCCACAGGAGGAUCGUAGCCUGCUGAGGGAUAUUCAGGCAAAUCUACUCAAACAAUUUAUGAAAGACUACAUUAUGUCCACCUUCUCUGUUCUCAGCAUUUGAAAUGUUCUGUGGCCAAAUUGCAUGACGAGAUCAAUUCCAAAUUGGCUUGUUUUCUUGAUGCUCUUCUUGCCAACAUUCUCAGCACUAAAUUAUCGGUCUUUGUGGAUCCUUAUUGUCACGUUGAGAGAGCUUUUUCUAGGACUUUGUAUCAUCUUUUGUUGAAUUGUUUGUAGGAUUAUAGGAUGCAAAGUUGAAGGCUGUAAAGUACUGAGUGAGAUGAGUAUUACAGAGCCUGUUAAGACCAAACUGCUGUUUUAUUUCUUUGCAGUUUUUUUCACGAUCAUACACAUGAUUGUGCAUCCAGCUAGAUAUGUUGAGGGAAUGAAUCAAUUUUAUUUUGUUUUGCUUUACGGUAGAUCCCCCUAUUCCAUUUGAAGAAAUAAUUAAUAAAACACAAUAAAAUGUCAGCAAAAAACCCCGACGUGAAGUUCAAAACAAGGCUACAAUAUUUAGACACCACUUUCGACUUAAUGUUGAAUCCUGUUCUUAAUGAAAGAACCCUCUUCAGCACAGACUGUACAUAUCCUCGCUGUGCCACUGUGUUUGCUCUCAUUAACUUCUCAUUAGUGUUGAUAUAGUGACUAUUGGUCAGUGCUCUUUCCUUUCACAACCUCAGUCUUUGUGUAAUUCUGGACUGUUUUUAUCUUUAUGCUACUGUAAGAA